UCCACCGGCAUUCCCAGCAUGCACCGCGGAAACAGCAGCAAAAAAUAGUCUGCUAACGAAAGGCUACGAAAAGGGAACCAGAAAAAGGGGGGUAGCUCAUCAGCUAAAUUCAACAGCAUAACUGUAUCCAACAUUACCCAGAACCGCUAACAUGGCUGACAACGACAAACUGGACAACCAGCGACUGAAGAAUUUCAAGAAUAAGGGCAGAGAUUUGGAGACCAUGAGGCGGCAAAGGACUGAAGUAGUGGUGGAACUCAGAAAGCACAAAAGAGACGAACACCUUCUUAAGAGGAGAAAUGUGCCCCAUGAAGACAUCUGCGAGGACUCUGAUGUUGACGGAGAUUUCAGAUCUCAAAACACGUCUCUCGAGACCAUAGUACAAAAUGCCACCAGUGAUAACCAGGGCAUCCAGCUGAGUGCUGUUCAGGCUGCCAGGAAGCUGUUAUCCAGUGACCGUAAUCCCCCCAUAGAUGACCUGAUUAAGUCCGGGAUCCUUCCUAUACUGGUCCACUGCCUGGACAGGGAUGAUAACCCGUCCCUCCAGUUUGAAGCAGCCUGGGCUCUAACCAACAUUGCUUCGGGUACCUCAGAGCAAACCCAAGCUGUGGUUCAGUCCAAUGCUGUGCCGCUCUUUUUGAGGCUGCUUCACUCUCCCCAUCAGAAUGUGUGUGAACAGGCGGUCUGGGCCCUUGGAAACAUCAUCGGUGAUGGUCCACAGUGCAGAGACUAUGUGAUCAGUUUGGGAGUGGUCAAGCCCCUGCUGUCCUUCAUCAGUCCCUCCAUUCCCAUCACCUUCCUCCGCAACGUCACCUGGGUCAUGGUCAACCUGUGCCGCCACAAGGAUCCUCCACCUCCGAUGGAGACGAUCCAAGAGAUACUGCCUGCUCUCUGUGUGCUGAUCCACCACACUGACGUCAGUAUCUUGGUGGACACUGUUUGGGCACUUUCCUACCUGACAGACGCUGGAAAUGAGCAGAUCCAAAUGGUCAUUGACUCUGGCAUUGUUCCUCACCUGGUACCUCUACUCAGCCAUCAUGAAGUCAAAGUUCAGACUGCAGCUUUAAGGGCUGUUGGCAACAUAGUGACUGGAACAGAUGAGCAGACGCAGGUGGUUCUUAACUGUGACGCCCUCAGCCACUUCCCGUCACUCCUCACCCACCCUAAAGAGAAAAUCAAUAAGGAGGCAGUGUGGUUCCUGUCCAACAUAACAGCCGGUAACCAGCAACAGGUGCAGGCUGUCAUUGAUGCAAAGCUGGUCUCCAUGAUCAUCCACCUGCUCGACAAGGGUGACUUUGGUACUCAGAAAGAAGCAGCCUGGGCCAUCAGUAACCUGACGAUAAGUGGGCGGAAAGACCAGGUGGCGCACCUCAUAGAGAAGCAGGUGAUCCCUCCUUUCUGCAACCUGCUCACAGUAAAAGACGCUCAAGUCGUGCAAGUCGUUCUGGACGGCCUCAGCAAUAUCCUGAAGAUGGCCGACGACGAGGCGGAAACGAUUGCCAAUCUCAUUGAGGAAUGUGGAGGACUGGAAAAAAUUGAGCUGCUGCAAAAUCAUGAAAACGAAGAUAUCUACAAACUGGCAUAUGAAAUAAUAGAUCAGUACUUCUCAUCUGAUGAUAUUGACGAAGACACCAGCCUGGUCCCAGACGCCAUCCAAGGCGGGACUUUCAGCUUUAACUCAGCCAACGUGCCAGCCAAGGGGUUCCAGUUCUAGACGUCACCUGGGCUUAUUCUGGAGUUUUGUUCGCGAUGCAGCACCCUGUUCAACAUAAACCAAUUAGGAGAGAAAGAGCGAGAGAGAGCGAGUGUGAGAAAUUCGAUCCAUUGUGCUUGGCUCGUGGGAUCCAUGGCUGCAUCUUAUAUGAGAGAAAAAUAUGUGGAUUUCAUUUGGCAUUCCAGAGGAACCAGCCCAAAUGAAGUUUGAGAUGGCGAGUGGGUGCGAGUGAGAAUGAGUGGCUACAUGUUGCAAAAAAAAAACAUUCAAAAAAAGAAGCAAAACAUCUACAUCGAAUGCGUUGAGACACGCCGACGUAACUUCUUUAUCAGAGUUGUCGACUUCUGGAAAAUUUCUACAAGCGACAACAACAACAAAAAAACACAAAACAAAACACGUGGAUGUCUUUCCAGGGUGAACCGAGGACAUUUGGAGCAGGAAAAUCAAGACGUCCUGACAGACCACCUUCAAAAACAGAUAUAAAUAUAAAUAUGGACAGAAAUGAACCGUGACUCAUUACAAUUAAGCGUUCCUCUCACCAGGAGGGGGCGCCACCUACGACGUGCCCCUCCCAAAACCGGCCACGAUUAUCAGACAGAGUAUGAAUGGACUCAUUGUGUAUGGAUGUCUGGACUCAGCGCUGAGGAGCCAGGUUCAUCUCCUCCAACGAGACGCCCCCCUCCCCUCCUCACCAGUCUCCCCCACCAGAAGGCGGGGCUAGGAGUCUGACUGAACGUGUCGCAUGUGCGAGAGAAUGGACGGACGAGAUGUGUGUGCGCUUGGCUGCGUGUGACUGGGAAGAGUGCGAGUCUGGGAGAGAGCGCAUGCAGGGAAGGGAAGCGAGAAAAAACGCAAACGACGACAUCUGAAGAGAAACUCAACAACACGUUGACGCAAAGGUUGCGGGAAAGUUAAUUCUGCCUUUUGAAUGAGGCUGAUCCUCAAAUUUCUGAAAGGAAGAACUUAGGAAAAAAAUGAAAAAAAAAUCAUAAAGAUUAAUAUUUUUUGUUUGGAAUUAUAAUUUAGUAUUAAUUGACACUGGACAUUCUUUCUGUUAGGUGUGGAGGAGCAGCCUGCGUUAAAUUAAGAUGCUUUUGGGCUUUUUUUUUCUCCAGUGUGUUCCUUUUUUUUUUAUUAUAUAUAUAUUUUUUAUUUUCAGCUUUUAGUUUCACUUCUUUUCUGUAAAGGUGAAUGAUGAUCAUCAUCAUUAUAUCCCUCCCUUCCUCCUGACCCCCCUAAGCUGAACACCAGAUGUGGGCUUGAUGCUGUGAAAUUCAGACCCUACCCACCAGAACCAACCAAAUCCUCCCGCUCAUCUUUCUUCAUUUUCCAGCAGAAUCACCGCUGCCACAGCUUCGAGUAUCGCCACAGGAGAACAAAUCGAUGGCCACGUUGCGUAGGAUUGUGAAUCAUAACCCUUGCAUGUACUAGCACAGUUAUUUUUAGGGUAUUUUAGUUUCCUUAGGCUGUGAAUACAGUGUAAUUUUUAUUUUAAGUAAUACUGUGCUUAAAUGUUACAUGUUUCCCUUUCUCCUCACUAUUGUCAAAUUUUGCUAAAUAAUCUGUAUGGUUUUGCACAUGUACUGCAAAGUGAGGCCUGGGUGAGUGUUGGUGGGUUUUAACGCCCCCGCCCGACCAACCUUUACAUUAUGCAUCACUCAGCCACAGUCUUUGUUGUCUUUCUAAAGUAAUCUAAUGAUACUUUUUAGUGCUACUUGAGAAUAUAAGUACUUUAUUUCAGGAGCAGCAGUUGAUGAAUCUGCUGAUGUAUCUCAGCUUGACUUGCAGGGGAUUUAACCUCCUUCCUCUCAAAGUCAAAGGUGUCCCAUGUGUCAGACUGGAGCUGUUCUAAACGGGUUUACCUGAAUAAUGAAUAAACCCAUGAACAAGUUUGCUGUAACUUAAGUACCUUGCAGAGUCUUCUCCCUUUACCCUUCUUUUGUUUUUCUACAAGCUAAAUGUUCAAGCUUAACCUCUUUUUUUUUUUUUUUUUGCUUUCACUUCAAACACUGUAGUAAUUAAUUAUACAUUGUGCUCAUAAACCUUCUGUUGAACAUAGGGGUAAUUCUUUUUUUUUUUUUUUUUUUGCAGCAUUCCUUGUUAGCAAAGUGGUUUCAAAUCUUAAAAUUAUGAGCUGGAAGAAAGGAGAAAGCCUAAAACCUUUUUUUUGGGAGGGAAGGAAGGCUAAAGGAUGGACUGUCUUCAUGAAAAUAAAUAGAGAAACCCAAACCGA